UCUUUGCAUUAGCCACAGCGCUUAAACUCAGCUAGGCUAGCUAAUUUAACAGCAACAAACACAGUAGCCGAGUCGCGAGUCUGGAGCUUUCGCCAAACGCAACUCAAUAUCCAGGGCUAAAAUGGCCUCUUUAGGAGAACCUGUGCGUCUGGAAAGAGACAUAUCUCGUGCCAUUGAGCUGCUGGACAAACUCCAGAGAACAGGGGAAGUGCCUCCCCAGAAGCUGCAGGCACUGCAGAGGGUUUUGCAGAGCGAGUUCUGCAAUGCCGUACGGGAGGUAUAUGAGCAUGUGUAUGAGACAGUGGACAUAAAUAGCAGCCCAGAGGUGAGGGCGAAUGCAACAGCAAAGGCUACAGUGGCUGCAUUUGCAGCCAGUGAGGGUCAUUCUCAUCCACGUGUGGUAGAGCUCCCUAAAACAGAGGAAGGACUGGGGUUCAACAUCAUGGGUGGGAAGGAACAAAACUCACCCAUCUACAUCUCUCGCAUCAUUCCUGGAGGCAUCGCCGAUCGGCACGGCGUCCUGAAGAGAGGAGAUCAGCUGCUGUCUGUUAAUGGAGUGAGUGUAGAAGGAGAGCACCAUGAGAAAGCUGUGGAGCUGUUGAAGGCUGCUCAGGGUACAGUGAAGCUGGUGGUACGGUACACCCCUAAGGUUCUCGAAGAGAUGGAGUCGCGCUUUGAGAAGUUGAGGUCUGCCAAACGCCGGCAACAGAACAACUACCCCCAGUAGGGCGUCUCGCCUGAGCCCUCCACCCCUCCCAUCUCUCCUUCCCUCUCUCUCACUUUCUCUGUCAUUGUCUUUAAUUCUUCUGCCAUCUGUCUUCCUCGUUCACACUCGCUCACCCCCUUUC